CGUGAGGACAAUCUGCCGCAAUUGGAGGAUGUUAGCAACUAUUUGAAACGCAAGACGGGCUUUCAACUACGUCCAGUAGCUGGGUAUUUAUCACCACGUGACUUUUUGUCUGGUUUGGCUUUUCGUGUAUUCCAUUGUACACAAUAUAUAAGACAUUCUUCAGAUCCGUUUUACACACCGGAACCUGACUGCUGUCACGAGCUUUUGGGUCAUAUGCCUCUGCUAGCUAAUGCCAGUUUUGCUCAAUUCUCACAGGAAAUCGGUUUGGCCUCAUUGGGUGCUGAGGAUGCAGAUAUUGAAAAAUUAGCAACGUUAUAUUUUUUCACGGUUGAAUUUGGGCUGUGCAAGCAACAGGAUAAUACAUUCAAGGUAUACGGCGCUGGUCUUUUAAGCUCUGUAGCCGAACUACAACAUGCUAUAACCGCUGCGGAUAAAAUAAAAAAAUUCGAUCCGGAUAUAACUUGUCAAGAAGAAUGUAUUAUAACAUCCUAUCAAAAUGCUUACUACUACACCGAUUCAUUCGAGGAGGCCAAGGAGCAAAUGAGAAAUUUCGCCGACAGCAUACAACGUCCGUUCGGCGUGCGCUACAAUCCUUAUACGCAGGAGGUGGAGGUGCUCUCGAAUGCGCAGAAGAUCACCGCUUUUGUGAGCGAACUAAAGGGCGACUUGAGUUUGGUUUGCCAAGCUAUGCGCAAAAUUUCGACCACCGAUGAACAGUUAGACGUGGACACCAUAACAAGUAUGUUGCAGACAACGCUACAUGUGCGAGGCGAUAGAUCACCGUGCAGCUCCAAUGUAAGUCCAGAUAAUUCUGAUAAUUCGCAGCAUUCGUUGGGCGAAUAGAGGAUGUGCAGCGGUGGAAUUCUUAAAAUUGUUGAAAUAGGGAUAAAUUGUUAAAGAAAAAAGAAAAAUGGAAAAGUUAUGC